AAGGGCACUGAAGCACUUCACAGCUCAGCGCGCUGUAUCAGGGUUCCAUGUGACUAUGGAAAUCUGACUCUGCUGCCUGCUGGUUCUCUUUCAUGGGGAGCCCCCUUUUCCCUGCUCCCCUCGGCGGCCCGGAAGUGCAGAGGCCUAGGAGCUGCCUGCGGGCGACUGCCAGCAGCCGGAUUAGUUCAGGGAAGGACUUGCUCACCUGCUCCUCCCCUCUGACUCAAGUUGUAACAAGUAACCUGGUUCCCCUGGCCCGGCAGCCUGGGAGAGACAGCAGGCAGGCGGGACCGAUGAGAGGGAGAGCCAGGCCAUCGGCGGUGGCUGGCGUGCGGAGAACUUGCUGGAAGCAAGAGCACCAGGGCCUGCUUGUGACCUGAGAGACCCCGGGGUGGUAUGAGAGGCACCUCAAACCCCUGAUCUGAGAACAGGAGUCUUCCCUGAUCUUGGACUGAGCUCUGGAGCAGCUGGGGAAACUCCAGGCACCCUCCACAUCCUGGCCCAGGCUGGAACCGGCCGAGCCCCUUCUUCCUCUGUGCCCCCUCCCCGCAGAAAUUCAUCAUGGAGAGUAAGGAUGAGGUCAGUGACACCGACAGCGGCAUCAUCCUGCAGUCUGGCCCCGACAGCCCUGUUUCCCCAAUGAAGGAGCUGACCAACGCGGUACGCAAGCAGCAGAGGGCCCUGGAAGCGAGGCUGGAGGCCUGCAUGGAGGAACUGCGCAGACUCUGCCUGAGGGAGGCGGAGCUGACGGGCACUUUGCCCGCAGAGUAUCCCCUUAAGCCAGGCGAGAAGGCCCCCAAGGUCCGGCGCAGGAUUGGAGCAGCGUACAAGCUGGAUGAGCGGGCUCUGCACAGAGAGGACCCCCUGAGCAGCCUGGAGCGCCAGUUGGCUCUGCAGCUUCAGAUCACCGAGGCGGCUCGCAGGUUGUGUGCAGAGGAGAACCUCAGCCGGCAGGCUCGCAGGCAGCGGAAGCACGCUGCGCUCCAAGAGGAGAAGAAGCUGAGGGAGCUUGAGCGCUGCCUGGGUGAUCGGCGGCGUAACAGCGAGCCCCCGCCCACCACUGUGCCCUCCCUGGGCAGAGAGCUCAGCGCCUCUGAUGAUAGCUCCCUGUCGGAUGGGCUCCUCCUGGAGGAAGAAGAGUCCAAAGCGCCAAAACCUGCCCCAGAGUCCCCGGCACCACCUUCACGGCCGCUCCCACCCCAGAGCCUUGAGGGCCUGGAGCCAACAGGACCCGAGUCGGGCGGCCUGGAACGGGCCCCGAUCCAAAACAGUCCGUGGAAGGAGACCAGCCUGGACCACCCCUAUGAGAAGCCCAGGAAGUCUUCAGAGCUCAGUAGCGAGUCCAGCAGCCCAGCCACCACCCCUCAGGACCAGCCUAGCACCUCCAGCCUGUGGCUGCUGGAUCCUGCCUCCUGCCAUGUGGUCCCCAUCCGAAGUGUUCCUGGCCAGCGGCAGGGCCGCACCAGCGCCCCAGCUACCCCUGAGAUGCAGGGCCGGAGGGGCCAGUCGCAGUCUCUGAGGGUGGACUCCUUCCGAACGGGUGUGGAAGGCCGAGGUCGGAGUGCCUUUCCCCGCCGCCGCCCCACUCACUACACGGUGACCGUGCCAGACUCGUGCUUCACGCCCAGCAAACCCCCGCUGCCACACCCUGCCUGCCACUCUUGCUCCGAAGACAGCGGCUCUGACGUCUCCAGCAUCUCCCACCCCACCUCACCCGGCAGCAGCAGCCCAGACAUCUCCUUUCUGCGGCCCCUCUGUCCCCCGGAGCCACCUCGCCAUCGUGGGGCCUGGGGCCCGGCCUGCGGCCGAGAGCUGACCACUCACUACCCGAAACUGCUGCUGCCCGCGGGAUACUUCCCCACGGGGCGCUAUGUGAUGGUGGCCGAGGGCCACCUGCCACCGGGCGAGUGGGAGCUGUGUCGCGCCGCGCUGAGUGCCGCCUACGACGAGGAGGGUGCGCCCCUGCGCUACCAGCGCCUGGUGCCCUCGCACAGCCGCAUCGUGCGCACGCCCUCGCUGAAGGACAGCCCUGCGGGCAGGGGACUCAGCAAGGCCUCCGUCUCCGAAGAGCUCAGGUGGUGGCACGAGCGGGCACGUCUCCGGAGCAGCCGCCCCCACUCGCUCGACCGCCAAGGGGCUUUCCGCGUCAGGAGCCUGCCUCCCGGGAGGGAGAGCUUCGGGCGGGCCUCGGGACCCCGGACACAGGUGCCCCCAGUGUGUGUACUCCGGAGGUCGCCAGACGGGGCUCCCAUGCAAGUCUUCGUGCCCGAGAACGGAGAGAUCAUCAGCCAGGUGUAACUACUCUGCAAGCCUUGGCCACGACCGGGAAAGACUUUUAUAUUGGAGCUGGGGUUGGGACCCUCACCCUUAAAGGGCUUCUUUCGGCUCUCCUACCCUCAUCGCCGGCCGAUGACUCAGAGCUGAGACCUUUCUUUUUUACACGAGUGUUUUCCAGAAGCCCUGACGUGAGGAUUUAUAUCUGUGAUUUGUCUUCAAGGUUCCGAUAAUAUGAUUAUACUUCAUUCCCCAGA